CAUCCCCGUGCACCGGUCGGGCUCCUCGUGCCUCGUGCACCUCGUGGACCGCCCCUGGUGUCCCGGCUGCGCCAGCCUGCGCCAGCCUGCGCGUGUGUGCGCGCGUCCCCGCGUGUGCGUGUCAGUGUGUCUGUGGCAGCGGGUGGCUGUGGCGCCGCCAGGGGCGUACUGCGUACCGUCCGGGGCCGCUACGUCCCAGAGUCGCAGGGACUCCGUCGGAUUGGAUUUUGCACCGCGGCCUGACCGGCGCCUACACUAGCAUUCCCUGCAACGAAGUAUCGAAAAUCGUCCCACGAUGACCAGCGUAGUCAGCAACGUUGUGGACGGCUUCCAGAGGUUCAUGGCCGAGAAUGGCGACCCUCGCACCAACCAGUGGCUGCUCAUGUCGUCGCCGUGGCCGCUCGUCGCCAUCCUGCUCACGUACCUGUGGGUGUGCACCAAGGCGGGGCCCAGGAUCAUGGCCAAGCGGGAGCCCUUCAAGCUCACCAACGUCCUCAUCAUCUACAACUUCCUGCAGAUGGUGGGCAGCGCGUGGCUGUUCUGGGAGGGCCUGGACGCCGGCUGGCUGCGGGACUACAGCUACACUUGCCAGCCCGUGGACUACUCCAACGACCCCAAGGCGAUGAGAAUGGCGGGUGCCGUGUGGUGGUACUUCAUGUUCAAGAUCGUCGAGCUGCUUGACACCGUCUUCUUCGUCCUGCGCAAGAAGAACAACCAGCUCUCGUUCCUGCACAUGUACCACCACACGAUGAUGCCGGUGUGCUCGUGGAUCGGCGUCAAGUUCCUGCCCGGCGGCCACGGCACGCUGCUGGGCGUCAUCAACUGCCUGGUGCACGUCAUCAUGUACUUCUACUACAUGGUGGCGGCCAUGGGCCCGCAGUACCAGAAGUACCUGGGCUGGAAGUCGUACGUGACGGUCAUCCAGCUGGUGCAGUUCGUCAUCGUCUUCUUCCACUCGGCGCAGGUGCUGUUCCGGCAGUGCAACUACCCCAAGGGCAUCGCCUUCCUGCUCGCGCUCAACGCCAUCCUGUUCAUGCAAAUGUUCGGCAACUUCUUCUACCACACGUACGUGGUGGGGCCCAAGCUGAGGAAGCUCGGCGGCGGCAAGGCGGACAGGGCGGACAAACAGCGGCAAGCCGCCCUGCAGAACAACAACGAGGCCGACUCCAAGGACCACAACAACGAGGCCCCCGUGGUCCCUGUCAACGGCAAGGUCAAGGCCCACUGAGCGGACUGCGCCUGCAGCAUGCCUGCAGCAUGCCUGCAGCCUGCACAAGGACUUGGACUCGCGCAGUACGGGUCAAGGCAGGCCAAGGCCCUCCUGCCUCUUCGCCCGGUGGCACACUGGCACACUGGCAGACGCGCUGUCGGGGCGGCCAUAGGCGCGGACGCGAUGUGCAGCGCGGUGCAUCUCAGUAUACAAGUGCAGCGUGUCGAUCGGCCGGUUUCCCGCCAGAAUGACUUUUGCCGUUCCAUUCGGUUUGGACCGACACGCCGCUCCGCCGCUCCGCCUGGCGCCAUUCCGCACCGCAGCUGUUUCUCGCUCGCCGGGCCUGCCGGGCCUUCCCUCCCGUUCGCGGCUCCGCCAAACGGGGCGGUCUCAGGAAGGCGCAGCGCAGGCGGGCCCGGAAACUCUCGGUACCUGGGAUGUUGUGAUUGUGAUACUGUGUGUGUGUGUAUGUGUGAGUGAGUGAAUGGUCAAUGCGAGUAUGGGGUUUUGCGUUGCCGUCAAGAUGCAGGUCCAGAAGCGAGCUCCCUCCAGCCCGGCGGGGCUGCUGCCUGCGACUGUGUGUGUGUGUGUGUGCGCGCACGUGUAUGUGUGAGUGAGUGAAUGGUCAAUGCGAGUAUGGGGUUUUGCGUUGCCGUCAAGAUGCAGGUCCAGAAGCGAGCUCCCUCCAGCCCGGCGGGGCUGCUGCCUGCGGCUGCCUGAUUCCGAAGGAGCGUUUCGCCGCUCAGUCUCGCUCGCAUCCCUCGGGUCCCUCGGGGACUCACCAUGCGUGCGAGAGAGACAGAGCGUCAAAACGAUCCCUCGGAAUCGGCGGCUCGUUUGCCGACCGCAGCCAAGCGUAUUAUGGGUAGUAAAUUUCUUGAUGUCGUAGGGCUGAGCUGAGCUGAGCUUCGACCCAUUAGUUAUAAAUGUGUAAAUACAAUUUUACGUACAAAUGGCUUCUAUUUAGCCAAAACCAAAUAUUUCUGUUUGCUCAUCUCUUGUGAACAAAGCACAUGAGUAAUGCCAUUAUUUAGAGUAGCAGCUGGUAUUUUGAUUGCUGCAUAUUUUCUUGUCAUGUUAAAUGCUAAGAGUUGCAUUAAGUUUUCAAAUAAUAAAGUUCAUUGAAAUUGAG